AUGGUCCCUCUGAUGUAUAGUUACGAUGAAAAUCAAUGCCUUGCGAGCCUGGAGGAGUACAUGAAGUCUCUACUCUCUGAAAGUUGUGCUGAUGCAGAUGUCUUCAACAACUUCAAGGAUGUUGCAGGCCUGGGAAAAUUAGAACCAAAUGCGGCUAAAGAAGUCAAAGGAUUGAUGGAGCUAUAUGAAUCUUCACAGUUGAGAAUUUUUGGACGAAAGUAUAUUCUUGAUGAAGCUGGAGAUUACAGUUACGGGCAACUAAAUGCAUGGGCGGCACAUCUUGAUCAUCAUCAAGCCAAGAUUGUUGCAAAUACAUUGACGAAUCCUCAUCACAGGAGCUUGGCACGAUUCAUGGUUAAAUGGUUUAUUCAUGAUUACAGUGGCGCAAAUGCAUAUGUGAUGAAGGCCUCUUGGAACAUUUUUCAGUCCAUCCAUCAGAAGGAGAUCAUGCUAAUUUACAAAUGGUGGAAAGACCUCCGUUUGGCUGAGUUAAAUUUUGCCAGAGACCAACCAAUCAAGUGGUACAUGUGGCCGAUGACUACCCUCACAAAUCCAAGCUUUUUAGAGCAAAGGGCUGAGCUCACAAAACCUUCUCUCUCUCUUAUCUACAUCAUUGAUGACAUUUAUGAUGUCCAUGGGAAGCUUGAUGAACAAACUCUGUUCACAGAAGCUGUCAACAGGUGGGGCUUGGCUGCAACAGAGCAAUUAGCAGAUUACAUGAAGAUAUGCUUCGAAGUUCGUUACGAUAUGACUAAUGAAAUCAGUCACAAGGUUUAUCAAAAACAUGGACGGGACCCUACUGACUCCCCUUAUAAAGCAUGGGCCAGACUUUGCAGUGCGUUUCUACUAGAAGCAAAAUGGUUAGCUACCGGGCAUUUACCAAAGGCGGAAGAAUACCUGGAGAAUGCGAUUGUGACGACAGGGGCACACGUGGCGCUGGCCCAUGCGUUCCUUCUCGUUGAUCAAGGUAUAACCAAGAGAGAGGUUGAUCUUUUGGCUAAAAUUCCAGGCAUUAUAUCCUCUGCUGCAACCAUUGUAUGUCUGUGGGAUGACUUGGGAAGUGCCAAGGAUGAGAAUCAAGAAGGCCGAGAUAGAUCGUAUGUCAAUUUAUACAUAAAAGAACACUUAGGAAUUUUUGUCCAAGGCGCAAGAGAACAUGUUAUGCAAAUGAUUUUAGACACAUGAAAGCGUCUGAACCAAGGAAGUUGCUCCCAAAAUCCAUUUUCACCCUGUUUCACUAAGGUUUGCCUCAACGGAGCACGGAUAGCUUCUCUGAUGUACAAUUAUGAUGAACACCAAAACCUUCCACCCCUGGAAGAGCAUGUUAAGUCAAUGCUAUUCGAAAGCUUUCCUAUUUAG